AGUUUCCUCUAACUCUAACCUACCAAAUUCUACAAAUUCCAACACCAUACUUCCAAGCACUACAUCAUUAUAGUUCAGUUCACCUGAAUGUCUAUGACUGUUGGUUGACCAAAAACUUCACAGACAUAUCUACCUUAUUGUUUUCACCAACUAACAGCCAACAUGUUGAGUUCUAUAUUUUGAAAACCUUACAACUCUUCAAUCACACGCUACAAAUGACUCACCUACCUGCCUUUCAUAUUUGAGAUUAUGCAACCCAAAACCUUUUUUCUUUGUGCUUAACAUUGCAACAUUCAUAGACCCUUCUACUCAAGCUUUGAUCUCUCUAUCUUUAGUUAUGACAUACACGACGCUGACUCGAGGAUUUGCCGCUGUAAUCUUCUUGAUUGCUCUGUACUGUGGAUUAGACCCUUUCAAGCACAACCCUCUCCAAGGCUUCCCGGAUUUUGAGGCGCACAAAAUUAACUUGCCAUCAUGGUCUGAGGUUCCUAUGGACCAAGACAAACACAACUUGUUGCAAAAAUCGGAGCUCAUGUUUGUGAACCAAGUGCAUGGACCGGAGAGUAUUGCUUUUGAUCCUCAUGGUCUUGGUCCUUACACUGGUGUUGCUGAUGGAAGGGUUUUGUUUUGGAAUGGACUGUCUUGGACUGAUUUUGCAUAUACCUCAUCCAACAGGUCAGAACUAUGCAAUCCUAAGGCAUCUGCGUCACCACUUAGUUAUGUUGAGACUGAGCACAUCUGUGGAAGACCUUUGGGACUAAGAUUUGACAAGAAAACUGGUGAUUUAUACAUUGCAGAUGCAUAUUUUGGGCUGAUGAAGGUGGGGCCUCAAGGUGGUUUAGCAACAUCUCUUGCAACAGAGGCGGAAGGAGUACCGUUGAGAUUUACUAAUGAUGUAGACAUUGAUGCAGAAGGGAAUGUUUAUUUCACUGAUAGCAGCACUACAUAUCAGAGAAGGAAUUUCAAUCAGCUGAUAUUUUCUGGUGAGAAUAGUGGAAGGGUUUUGAAAUACAGCCCUGUCACCGAGGAAACCACUGUUCUUGCGAGGAAUUUGGGAUUUCCAAAUGGGAUUUCCUUAAGCAAGGAUGGUUCCUUCUUUGUCUUUUCAGAAGGGUUAAUUGGAAGGCUAUGCAAGUACUGGCUAAAAGGAGAUAAAGCUGGAACUUCAGAAAUAUUGGCAAUCCUACCUGGUUUUCCUGACAAUGUGAGAGUCAAUGAAGAUGGUGACUUUUGGGUGGCUAUCCAUUGUAGAAGAUAUAUGUACAGUUACAUAAAUGCUCUCUUCCCAAAAAUGAGAAAAGCCAUACUCAAGCUACCUAUUCCAACACGGUUUCAUUAUCUGCUUCAUAUCGGAGGUCGGUUCCAUGCAGUCGUCGUUAAAUAUAGCCCGGAAGGUAAACUUCUACAGAUAUUGGAGGACAAUGAGGGAAAAGUUGUUAAGGCAGUGAGUGAAGUGGAGGAGAAGGAUGGUAAACUCUGGAUGGGAAGUGUUUUGAUGCCUUUCGUUGCAGUUUACCAUUUGACAUGAAGCAUCAAUGUUAGAUUCUCCUCCACUCAAAACCAGCUAAUUGAAUUCUCUGUUAAAGAAAUUACAAGUUGAUUUUUUACCCUUUUCCUCUAUUUGAUUAAGAUGUCAGGAAACAUAGACUAGAAAAGUAACAAUGAUAAGAAUAAAAAUAUGUGUAAAAUUUGGUCUGUCA